AUGAGUACCCUGACCGCUAACCUGACAGAGAACAUCACCACCAUCAUCCGACCCCCUUACUUCUACAUCAGUGGAUUCACAGGGAUCCCCAACAUGAAGUACUACUAUGUCUUCCUCUGUUUUGUAUACAUCAUCUCUCUGAUGGGCAAUUCCUUCGUCAUGUUUGUCAUCUACGUGGACCGCAGUCUCCACAGCCCCAAGUACAUCGCUGUGUUCAACCUGGCCUUCACAGAUAUGUGUGAGAGCACAGCCCUGGUCCCCAAUCUACUCGAUACAUUCCUGUUCGGCAGACAGUUCAUCUCCUACAACCAAUGUCUCGCCAACCUAUUCUUUGUCGUCAUCUUCCUCUUCAUGCAGUCCUUCAACCUCAUCAUCCUCUCCUAUGACAGACUGGUGGCCAUCUGCCUCCCGCUCAGGUACCACAUGUUAGUGAGUCACAGGUCCAUGUUUCAGCUGACCGGUGCUGCCUGGGUGUUCGCUGUGUUAAUUCUGUUGAUCGCUGUGGGAUUAAUCACCCGCCUCUCCUUCUGUAGGUCUGUGGUGAUCAACAGCUACUUCUGUGACCAUUAUCCUCUGUACAGUCUGGCUGCACCCUGUUCUGAUGUGCUCCCUAAUCUUGUGAUGUCAAACCUCAUCGCAUGUGUAAUCUUCUAUAUUCCCAUGGUUGUCAUUGUCGCAUCUUACAUCUGCAUCAUCCACACCCUCUUCACCAUCACACUUCCCAAGGACAGGCACAGGGCCAUCAAGACAUGCACCUCACACCUGAUACUAGUGGCCAUAUACUACCUGCCCAUUAAUAUCACCUACAUUUUCGUCUACAUGAUACCACUCAACAUACGGAUGAUCAACCUCUCCCUGACCUCUGCACUGCCUCCCAUGCUCAACCCCAUUAUUUAUGUUCUGAAGACAGAGGAAUUCAUGGUAUCAGCCAAGAGGAUGCUUAAAAGAAGGGGCGAUUGGGGGUCUGACUCCCUCUCCUCCGAUGACGACGAAGCUGUCUACAAGAGAGUGGAGGAGGAUCCCCUUGAGGAGCAAGGCUGGGGGUUGCCCCAAGACGGGUUCGGGGUGCCGCUGUGGGGUAUGGACCAGCUGGCCAGGCUGUAG